UUGCUACCCCCGUUUUGUGUUGCGCCGGUAGUGACGUCCUAGCAACGGUGGUACACCACUUCCUCUUUAGACAGUGGCACCAUGGUGAACGUGCCCAAACAGAGGAGGACUUUCUGCAAAGGGAAGUGCAAGAAGCACACCCUGCACAAAGUGACACAAUACAAGAAGGGCAAAGAUUCCCUGUACGCCCAAGGCAAGCGUCGUUAUGACCGUAAGCAGAGGGGAUAUGGUGGUCAGACCAAGCCUAUCUUCAGGAAGAAGGCCAAGACGACAAAGAAGAUUGUGCUGCGUAUGGAGUGCACAGAGUGCAAGAACCGCAAGCAGCUUCCCAUCAAGCGCUGCAAGCACUUCGAGAUUGGCGGCGACAAGAAGCGCAAGGGACAAAUGAUCCAGUUCUGAUCUGUCGGUGUAAAUUCCAUCUCCCAACAGCACAAGCUAUUAAAAAAAAUGGCGCCGUCUUUUUUACUCGUG